CUACCUGUUUCUUCUCCUCCGCGACCAUCACUCACUAUAGUAUUCCUCGUCUUGUCCGCCCCGCCUCCGUUUUUUCUCUUCUAAACAAAACAAACUUGUCACAUUAUAAUACUCUCCUAAAUCAUUCGGCAUUUCCAAUGGCGUCGCUGCUCCAAUACAGGUCUCCUGCUUUCUCAUUCUCCUCAACAAUCUCUUCUCCAUCGUCCCUCCGACGAAGCUUCUCAUCUUCCACUGCAUUCCCUCGCCGUUACAAACUCCCCGCUGUCCAAUCGAAGAUCCGUGAGAUCUUCAUGCCCGCUCUCAGCUCUACCAUGACUGAAGGCAAGAUUGUUUCCUGGAUUAAGUCGGAGGGUGACCUUCUCUCCAAAGGAGAAUCUGUCGUCGUUGUCGAAUCUGAUAAAGCUGACAUGGACGUUGAAACAUUCUACGAUGGCAUUCUCGCUGCUAUCGUUGUCAACGAGGGCGAGACAGCUCCUGUUGGCGCUCCUAUCGGUCUCUUGGCUGAGACUGAAGACGAAAUUGCCCAAGCCAAAGCUAAAGCCAAAGGACAAUCUGUAGUGACAACUUCUCCCACUGUUGCUCCGCCAGCGGCUACUUCUGGGACUAGAAAGAUAAUUGCAACUCCUUAUGCAAAGAAGUUGGCAAAGCAGCAUAAAGUUGAUAUCAACAAAGUGAUUGGGACGGGUCAAUUUGGACGGAUUACUCCGGACGAUGUCCAGAAAGUAGCAGGAAUUACAUCUGCGCCAUCUAAGAGCAUCCCCGCAGCCAAUACAGUAGCUUCUCCAACUCCCGCUUCCACUAAAAAUGCUUCUCCAACUAGCUUUCCUGAGAUUCCAGGGUCCACAGUUGUUCCUUUCACCACAAUGCAAACUGCAGUAUCAAAGAAUAUGGUGGAGAGCCUCUCUGUUCCCACAUUCCGUGUUGGAUAUUCAGUUUGUUCAAACGCCCUUGAUGCUUUGUAUGAGAAGGUUAAGCCAAAAGGUGUUACAAUGACUGCAUUGUUAGCUAAAGCUGCAGCAAUGGCACUGGCUCAACAUCCAGUUGUAAAUGCCACUUGUAAAGACGGAAAGAGCUUUACUUAUAAUAGCAGUAUAAAUAUUGCUGUUGCUGUCGCAAUUAAUGGUGGAUUGAUCACCCCUGUGCUUCAGGAUGCUGACAAGCUGGAUCUGUAUCUGUUGUCUCACAAGUGGAAGGAAUUGGUAGACAAGGCUAGGGCUAAGCAACUUCAGCCACAUGAGUACAAUUCAGGGACUGUCACAUUGUCCAACUUAGGCAUGUUUGGUGUGGACAGAUUUGAUGCUAUUCUUCCUCCAGGCCACGGGGCUAUUAUGGCUGUUGGAGCAUCAAAACCUACUGUUGUCGCUGAUGCUGAAGGCUUCUUCUGUGUCAAAAAUAAGAUGCUGGUGAAUGUAACAGCAGAUCACCGGAUUAUUUAUGGUGCUGACUUGUCCGCCUUCCUUCAAACGUUUUCAAAGAUUGUUGAGAAUCCAGAGAGCUUGACAAUGUAGAUGUAGUAUUUAGAAUGACAGGGGAUUGAUGGCAAAUUGUUUUUGCAGUUAAGACAUGCCAGUUAGUUUCUGGCAAGUGUUCUUCUAUGUUGUACUAAAACUUUCCUGUUUCUCCAAGUGAGACUAUAUUACAUUGCAUUCUAGAAAUUUUUUGGAAUGAAAAAUAAAAUAUUUUUUUCCUUGCUGA